AUGCAUACCGUCAGCUCGCAAGCAGCGGACAGCCAGUGCCCAACCCGGGCUGCCUCCCUCCCGCAGGAGACCGAGGGCAGAAGCCACAGGCGCGCCGCCUACGUGGACGGCACCGGCAGCGCCGAGGGCGAGCCGGAGCGCUGGCCCAGCGCCCGGGAAGGCAGCGCGGGGGCACGGGCUCCACUGAAAGUGGACAACCCCCCGGCGGGAGACACGAGCGGCACUCAGAGCCAGAGACGACCACGGCCCACGCUCGUCGUGGCUCUCCUCAUUCAAACCACCGUUCCCGCGCCAGCGGCCUCGGGCCGGCGGCGACGCUCCCUCCGCUCGGGGCCCCCGCCGCCCUCCCCCGACAGCCCGGGUCGCGCCCUCGCCCGCCGCCAGCCCCGAGAGCCCCAGCCGCGAUUCCUCAGGAAGAAAGAGUAUCCCGAUUUAUUUGAAUGGUUUUGUGUGAAAACGCUGAAAGUUUGCUGUUUGCCGGGAACGUAUGGGCCAGACUGCCUCGCGUGCCAGGGCGGGUCCGAGAGGCCCUGCAGCGGGAACGGGCACUGCAGCGGGGACGGCAGCAGGCAGGGGGACGGGUCCUGCCAGUGCCACGUCGGCUACCAGGGGGCCACGUGCACCGACUGCGCAGAUGGCUACUUCAGCUCACGGAGGAACGAGACGCACAGCAUCUGCACAGCUUGUGACGAGUCCUGUAAGACGUGCACGGGCCCAACCAACAGAGACUGCAGCCAGUGCGCAGUGGGCUGGGUGCAGGAGGACGACGCCUGCGUGGAUGUGGACGAGUGUGCAGCAGAGACGCCUCCCUGCGGCGACCAGCAGUACUGUGAGAACGUGAACGGCUCGUUCGUGUGCGAAGAAUGUGAUUCUACCUGUGUGGGCUGCACGGGGCAGGGUCCAGGACGCUGUAAAGAGUGCAUCCCUGGCUACACCAAAGAAAGCGGCCAAUGCGCAGACAUAGACGAGUGCGCGGGCGCAGAGAAGGCGUGCACGCGUGAGAACGAGAACUGUUACAACACUCCCGGGAGCUACGUGUGCGUGUGUCCCGAGGGCUUCGAAGACACGGAAGACGCGUGUGUGCGGACACAGACCCUGGGCAGUGAAGUCACAGAGGACCCUACACGGCCGCCCUCGCAUGAAGACUUAUGAUGCGCGUCCAGAGCCGGGCCAGACCCGCCCUUUAAAUUAUUCAGACUGACGUCCUGGAAACGCGGUCCUCGCACCCGUUUCUCCAGGGGACGGUGGAGGGGCAGCUGCCACCUUGGAAAUGGUUCAUGCCUAUUUGGCCCUUCAAAAAGCUACAGUUCCUGGUUGUUCUUAAACAGAUGUGUAUAUUUUGAUACCUUUGUUUAUAAUAAAAUUGACCGUUGGAGGUA